GGAUCCGAGGCAUACUAGUAUGUCUUCUCUUUCUCUUCUUGUGCUUCUCUUGUUCACAGUUUCUUCCCAUGCAUGCACCGCCCGUCCUCUUACUAUAAAACCCUCUGCAAACUGCCACUUUCAUCAGGAAGUAGAGAAAGACAAAGACAAGGUAAAGUUGUUGGAGACGAUAACUACUACUUCAUCAAAUUUAAAGGGAAAACAAGUUGUUUAUGAUAGUUGUAGCAGUACAUCAUCAACUUGGAAACAAAUGGUCGUCGUUGAUGGUCCAUCAGGGGCAUCUUUUCAAAAGGAUUCGCCAUCAUCUCUUGCAAUAAAGGAGAGAAGAGAAGUGAAAGAAAGUGAUGAGAUAUAUGGUUGUGUUUUGUGUAGGAGGAGAGGAGGCAUGAACAGACACGCUCAAUGCUGGGACCUGCAAGCCACCAUUCUCAGGAGACAGAGGAGGAAGAAGCCAUUGUUGAGAUGGAUUACGCCCAACCCCAUAGCAAACCACCCAUUCAUAAUGACAAGCCUUGACACUUGAUCCUACUCCAUUAUUACAAUUACAAAUAAUGUCUUACUUCAAUUACAAACAAUGCUUGUGGUUGAGCUCAUUCCUUAUAUUCUAUGUAUUACUAUUAUUACUAGAGGUCCAUAUAUAUAUGUUCUUUCCUAUUCUAUGAUCUCAUCAACAAGAAACACUGUCAAAGAAAGAUGGGCCCUCUGUCUCUGUGUGUGUCAUACAGAAUUGUCGAUUGUGUUGACAGCUAAACAAGAUGGUUUAUGUG